AUGUUCUACGAACCCGGCAAAACAGACCACGGUCUUCCCUACGACCCUUUCAAGGCCUGCGUAAUCCCCCGUCCCAUAGGCUGGAUCAGCACCGUCUCACCUCCCCACGCCAGCCAACCGCCAAUCUACAACCUCGCUCCCUACAGUCAAUUCAACAACCUCACCUUCGACCCACCAUAUGUCAUGUUCUCUGCCAACCAAACCAUCGCCGCCACCGCCACCCCAACCGAUGGCUUCAAUCGCAAAGACACCGUGCACAACGCCGAGUCGACGGGCUACUUUUGCUGGCAGCUGGCGACGUAUCCGCUACGAGAGGCGGUGAAUGCGAGCGCUGAGAGCGUCCCGUACGGCGUCGACGAAUUCGACCGCGCCGGUCUGGAGAAGGAGUGGUCGCGCUGCCUCCCCGUCAAGAUCCCACUAGUCAAGGACUCGCCCGUCAAGUUCGAGUGUCAACUCCACACGACGCUCCGCCUCCCCGCCAACCCCCCCUGGGGCACGGUGGACAUCGUCAUCGGCCGCGUCAUCGGCGUACACAUCAACGAUCGCUACCUCAACGCCGACGGCAAACUAGACCCGGCGCUCACGCAGCCCAUCGCCCGCUGUGGCUAUUAUGAUUAUGCGGUCGUGAAGGAGACGUUUGAGAUGAGGGUACCCAAUACCAGCGUCGAGCAGCUGGCUGGGUUGGAGGGGAGUGUCAAGGGGAAUAGGGCGUUGAGGGAGAAAUUGGAAGGGGACACGCAGGGCGAGAACGGGCAGACGAAGGAGGGAGAGACGAAUGGGGAGGUGAAGACGUAG